AUGGAUGUGGUUGAAAGAGAAUACCACAAUUCCGAGAGGAACAAAGAUUACAGAGGAGUUGAUAAUCCAGCAGCUACCGAAGACGAUGGGACAACUUUACGUCCUGACCUGGUAAUCAGUGUUCAACCACAGCAAGGAGCUGUACGUGCAGAGUUGCCAGUGUCCACAUUAGACUGGCAGUCGAAUUCUCGUGGUCAAUUCAUCCCCGUGAAUGGUCUGGACUUCCUCAUCGGUGUAUCCAGAUUGCUUAUCCAGCAAACCGUUGAGCUUACCGACCUUACCUCAAGAAUCGAGUCAGAAAACCGUUACAUAGUCAGGGUCCCAAACGGCGAAGCUCUAUACAUCGCAAGCGAAGUCUCCAGCUCUACACAGAGAUGUCUUUGCGGCAGUGGCAGGUCCUUCAUAAUGCAUCUUCAUGACAAUACACGACAGGAAGCCUUGAUGCUUCAGAGGCGUCUUGCUGGGGCCUCUUGCUGUUUCCCUUGCAGAUUACAGGAAAUGAAAGUUAUAACACCUCCUGGAGACUACAUAGGGCGUAUUCAGCAGAAUUGGACCUGGAUGGUGCCGUUCUACCUCGUGAGAAAUGCCAAUGACGACGUCUUGUUUGUCUUAGAAGGACCUGCAGUUAUGAGAAGGAGUGCUUUGAUGCUUUCGGAGUUCAAGAUAAUGUCAGGAGAUUCCCUCCGCAUGGUUGGCAGGAUAAACCACGGUUGGGACCGAGAGCUCGUCAACUUCGUCACUACCAUCACCUUUCCCGACCAUGCAGUGCAACCUAAGCACAAAGCUUUAUUGUUGGCAGCUGCUUUUCUAUUGGAAUAUACAUACUUCGAAAGGGCUAAGUCCUCAUGCUCGUGUUGUUAAUUUUUUGAAAAAACAUGUACAUAAUAAAUUUUACUAAUGCUUUUCAUAAUUAUUUAUUUUAUUUGCAAACUACCAAAGAGACUGCUCUGGA